AAAAACAAAAGGCAAAAAUAAAAAUUAACAUAAAAAAUGGUGGUAUAAAAAGUUCUUGAAUGUCAGAAACCCGAUUUAGUUGUCAUUCUUAAACGCCGUCAAAAUCAACAAAACAACAUCAUGUUCAAAUUCUUGGCACUUUUAGCAAUAAUUGCAAUUACACAGGCACGUCCUGCUGAUGAACCAAUUGCUAUUUUAAAAUCAGAAACUGAUGUUAAUGCUGAUGGUUCAUAUUCAUUCCUUUUUGAAGGUGCUGAUGGUUCAUUCCGUGAAGAAAAAGCUAUACCUAAAAAUGUUGGAACAGAAGAUGCUUACUUAGAAAUAACUGGAACAUAUAGAUAUGUUGAUAAAGAUGGACAAAAUGUUGAAGUACAUUAUACAGCUGAUGAUAAAGGAUUUAUACCAUCAGGAACAAAUAUUCCAGAAGAUAUUUCAAAAGCAGCACGGUUAGCAGCUGAACAUGCUCAUGAUGAACCUAAAAAACAUUGA